GGGUGUUGAAUAUUUUUUGGUGUUGAAACCAUUGUAUGUAAUCUAAUUGAUAUCAACGAAUCUGACUCAUAUUUAGUGUGCAUAGAACACAAGUCAUUUUCCAUAAAAAAAAAAAAAAAAUUAAUAAUAGAAUGAAUCCCAAGAACCCAUCACUCUCUCAUUCACGUGCACACUGAUCUCCCGGUGAGAAAGGGAAUAUAAUUAUGAAAUUAAAUGUGAAAUAUAUGAUCUAUCUAUAAAAGAGUAAAGACUAAAUAAAUAGUGAAAGAAAUAAAGAAAGAAUGUAUCAUAAAAGAGUGUGUCAGUAAGAUGCUGUAUCUUGCUCCCUACCCACCUCAACUCAUUUCAUUCAAACAAAAUUCCUCAUUACUACACUUCUUUGGCCCAUAAUUAAAUACUCAUCAUUGCUUGGAAUUUGCAUUCACAUUCAAUUUCUUGAAAAACAAGAUCUUCUUAAUUGGACCUUGUCAACUUGUAGUAGGUUUCUGCAUUUUUUUUAAUUUUUACUACUUUCCCUUUCUGGGUAUUUUAAAUUUCUUUAAAAAAUUUGUUUUUUCCUAGUGGGGUUUAAGUCUUGAAGCUAAAUUUUGUUUCUUUAUAUGAUUUUUCUGAAUAUUUUUCUUAUAUAUUUGAUUUGACUAUUUGAGGUGCAAGAACAGGUAAAAAGUCCAAAAUCAUGAGCCUUUUUUGCUUCAAUGUUUAUAUCAUAUAUAGUUUUUAGUCAUAUUCACUCACUUUUUGAUUAUUUGUUUUAUCUGUUUUGGUGGAUAUAGCAGGUUUGUAUUUGGUGAUUGAUGGUAAUUUGAUAUUGUACAACUCAACAACUCAUUGUUGCAAUCUUUGUUGUAUAAAUUUGUGGAUAGUUUGUGUUCCUGACUAGGCCAAGGUCCAUUCGAGCUAGAUUUUCACUACGCAGACUUAGUUAGCGCUGCCUAGUGAAUACUCUAGAAGUUCGGUCAUCUUGACCAUAUGAUGUCCUUCGGAAGCUGAUCCGGAUACUGCUGUUUAAGAUCCACCUCAGAUCAUUGGUUCCGUCUGUGAGAACAAUUUCUAUAUUUUAGAUAGUGUUUGUAUGCUUCGCCGUUUAUUUGAAGCUAAUAGGAUUAAAUGAAAGGCAUGAGUUGGAGGGUUGCAUCCCCUAAAGGCUCUUCAAAUCCAAAACCACUUUAUUGGAUUGUGGUUUCAAUUGCAGUAGUGGCAGUAUUCAUAACUUUUACUUCAUGGUUUUUUGUAUCAUACCCUAUUGGUUCAACUGUUCAUGGUUAUAUCUAUGGUGUAGAGAGUUCACAAAUUUCUGGUUUAUCGGUCUCUCAGAAAAUCAAUAUAACUUCUGUUGAUCUUCACAUGAAUGCAAGUUUCGAUUUAGUAGAUAAUAAAGCACCUAGCAAGAUAGAAAAAAAUGAUACAAAUUUAGAUUCACAUGUACUUUUUAGUGAAUCUGCUUCACCAAAAAUUGUUCCAGUAACUAAGGAGGUAAAUGGCCUAGAAACUUCUGAUGCAGUGGCUUCAAAAGCAUCUGUUCCGGUGAUCGGUACCAAUUCCUCCAUUAUGAAAGGUUGUGAUCUAUACCAUGGAAAUUGGAUACAUGAUCCAUUGGGACCGUUAUACGCAAACAACUCGUGCCCUAUAUUGACACAGACACAGAAUUGUCAGGGUAAUGGGAGGCCUGAUAAGGAUUAUGAAAAUUGGCGAUGGAAGCCUUUUCAGUGUGACAUCCCACGGUUCGAUCCGAGGAUGUUUUUGGAGCUAAUGAAAGGCAAGACAGUGGCUUUCAUUGGAGAUUCAGUGGCUCGAAACCAGAUGGAGUCCAUGAUGUGUAUUCUCUGGCAGGUAGAGGAACCAAAGAAUCAGGGAACUCGCAACAUGCAGCGAUAUUAUUUUGAGUCUACAUCUUUAACGAUUGUUCGGAUAUGGUCAUCAUGGCUUGUCAAACACAAUUCAGAACCAUUUGACUUUGCUCCAGCUGGUGUGGAGAAAAUCUAUCUUGAAUCCCCUGAUGAGAUGUUGAUGGAAUUUCUCCCAACAUUUGAUGUAGUCGUUCUUUCUUCUGGCCAUUGGUUUAUGAAACAAUCUGUAUACAUCUUGAACAAUGAGAUAGUUGGAGGACAAUUGUGGUGGCCAGACAAGUCUCGGCAUACGAAGAUUAACAGUGUUGAAGCAUUUGGUAUAUCUGUUGAAACAAUUCUUACAGCUCUUGUUACACAUCCGAAUUAUACCGGGCUUACAAUUUUGCGUUCCUAUUCGCCUGAUCAUUAUGAGGGUGGUGGAUGGAACACUGGUGGGUCAUGCACCGGGAAAGUUAAACCUCUUGCAGUUGGCGAACUCGUUGAAAAUAAGUAUCUCGCUUCGAUGUAUGAGCAACAGGUUAAAGGUUUCAACCGUGCAGUAAAAAAGGCGACAAAUGGUUCAAAGAUAAGAUUGAUGGAUAUUACUGAAGCCUUUCAAUACCGGCAUGAUGGUCAUCCUGGUCCAUAUAGGAGCACUGAUCCUAACAAGAUUACGAAACGUGGCCGAGAUGGAAGGCCACCACCACAGGAUUGCUUGCACUGGUGCAUGCCGGGACCUGUAGAUACUUGGAAUGAAAUUGUGUUUGAAAUCAUUAAGAGAGAAUAUGAAGGUGAUAGAAUAUCAUGAGUUUUUUUUAUCUCUUUUCUCGACAACUGAGCUGCAUUCAUCUUCUAAGCUCAGGAGGGUGACUUGUGGAGUAAUGUACCUGUCUGAGGAGGGGUUUUGCAGUAAUGAAGAUGGAAAGUUCAAUGAAUUGUUGGCAUGCAAGCAUCUUCAUGUAGAUUUUGAAGCCUAUGUUUUGAAAUUGGAAUGUCAACAUUCGAAUUAAUGCAAUGCAUAAUCUCCAAACUCUUGCAAUCUUUCAUGUAUAUUUUGUGUGUUUAGUGUGUGUGAUUUUUUAAAACACUGUGCCAAAGAGAUCAUAAUUAUCGGAGUAUGUAGUACGCGAAUAUAUCGCAUAUACAUGUAAGAAUGGUGCAUACUAAGAUGAUGUUUUUCACAGUCUAGAAUACAAGAUUUCAACUCUUUAUAGACAUUUGAAUUUUAUACAGUAUGCACAAACUGAUUUUUCAUGAAGAUUGUUUCUUUUAAUGUUCUUCUGUCUCUUGAGAAGAUCUGCACUCAAUAAUUUUUUUUUUUUAAUUUGAUGGUUAGAUUGAUGAAAUUUAAUGUGUA